UCGAGAGAGAGAAACCAAUAGAAAAGCCAAAGACAACAUAGGGGAAAAAAGAAAAAGUGAGAGGUAGUAGAAAGCAAUGAACUCAGGAUGAGCAGCAUUUUCAGUUUCUCCAUAGAAACCUGGAUACUUCUUGGCACUUUCCUGACUCUGAUGAUACUAUAUGGGAUCUGGCCAUAUGGAGUCUUCACAAAACGGAACAUUCCUGGGCCAUGGCCUGUUCCUUUCUUGGGAAACAUUCAGGAGUAUUCUCAAGGUUUGAUGGUGUUUGACAAGAAAUGUUCUGAGAAAUAUGGGAAAAUAUGGGGGCUAUAUGAAGGCCGGCAAGCCAUUAUAGCUGUCCUGGACCUUGACAUCAUUAAAAAGGUACUGGUGAAAGAAGUGUUCAGCAGCUUCACCAAUAGGCGGAAUACAGGAAUUGAAGGGAUACUGGAGCUAGCUGUCUCCUCUGCUGAGGACGAGCACUGGAAGGAAUUGCGCACACUGAUGUCACGCACAUUCACCAGUGGAAAACUAAAAGAGAUGCUACCCAUUAUGACCCACUAUGGGGAGGUUUUAGUGAGAAACAUCUGGCGUAAAGCAGAAAAGAACGAGAAUGUAACCGUCAAGGAUUACUUUGGGGCCUACAGUUUGGAUGUGAUCACCAGUACUUCAUUUGGUGUGGAUGUUGACUCUUUGAACAAAAUGAAUGACACAUUUGUGAAGGAGAUCAAGAAGAUAUCAUCAAUUGAUUUUUUCUCUCCACUUUUUGCUUUAAUAAGUACAUUUCCAUUUAUGAUACCUCUUCUUAAGCUUCUAAAUAUUAAUUUAUUCCCUAAUGAUUCUGUGGAAUACUUUAAAAGAUUUUUGCAUAAAGUAAAGGAAAGGCGACAUCAAGACAAUCAACAACACCGGGUGGACUUCCUGCAGUUGAUGCUUGAUAGCCAAAACCCAAAGGAGGGCUCGAAGGGCAAAGGAGGUAGUAGCUCCUGGAAAGGUCUGAGUGAUGCUGAGCUUCUGGCACAAGCAUUUGCCUUUAUUUUUGCUGGCUAUGAGACCUCCAGUAAUACCCUUUCUUUCAUCUCUUAUAACCUGGCCACCCACCCUGAUGUCCAGGAGAAAUUACAGGCGGAGAUAGACACAGUUCUACCCAAUAAGUCGCCUCUCACCUAUGAUGCCUUAGUACGGAUGGAGUAUCUAGACAUGGUUAUAAAUGAAUCUCUAAGGUUGUAUCCGAUUUCAUCUCGACUUGAAAGGAUGUGCAAGAAAACCACGGAGAUAAAUGGAUUGACCAUCCCUAAAGGGACGUGUGUUGUGAUCCCUCUUUUUAUCCUACAAAAUGAUCCAAAUUACUGGCUAGAACCUGAUGAGUUUCAUCCUGAAAGGUUCAGUAAAGAAAUGAGAGACAAGAGGGAUCCCUACACUUUCAUGCCCUUUGGCGCUGGCCCCAGGAACUGCAUUGGAAUGAGAUUUGCGCUCCUCAGCAUAAAAGUGGCUAUGAUUGGGCUGCUGAAGAACUUCUCACUCAGGACCUGCCAAGAGACCCAGAUUCCUCCGGAGAUUAAUUCAUUUGGAUUGUUAACUGCCAAAAAACCCAUUGUUCUGCGGUACAUCCCUAGAGCUGAUACCAAGAUUAAGGACUAACAUCAAAGGACUUCCCUCAUUUCUUUAAAGGAUUCUGCAUUGGAAAUCUAAAACCCUCUAUGGAAUUAAACAAAAAUGGCAUGAUAUCUUUUAGAAUAUCUUAAGUGAUGAGGAAUACCUCAUAUAAAAUGCUAGACAAUAAGUAACCUAAUGUCUUGUUGAUAAUGAAGAAAAGCUUAACAAUAAAUGCUGAGUUGGAUAUUGUCAACUCAGCAAAUUCUUGCACUAGAA